CGCCGCGAAGGAUACCUGGUAUCUUCCGUUGCUCGCUUUGACACAUAUUCAUAGCAGUGAAAACUGUUUUGCUGCUUUGUUGUAAAUAUUCAGAAGAAAACGCAGAUGAAAUUGCAUUUAUAAAAUGUGCUAAACGUUUUAAAUACUUAACACAUAAAGUCUAUAUCAUUUUCGUAGUAAAUACAAACAGUUAUACAUAAGCAUAUACAUACAUAUGUAUAUUGUAUAUUAGUUAUACAAAUGUUAGAAAAAAUUUAAAUGAAGUUUGCACACGAAAAGUGUAGAUUGUUAAUUUGUAAAUCAAGUACUAUUUCAUACUCGAUUUGGUACGUGAAACAAUAAAAAAAGAAGUGAACUUCGAAUUCCUAACAUCAAACGCUGUACAAAAUCGAUAUCUCGCUAAAUCUCGGAAGUGCGUUUUGAUCACGUUGAAGCCAAACGCAGCGGGGAGUGGCAGGGUACUGCAUUUAUUCAGCUCGUGUGUGCCUGUGAUUGUUUUUUAUUGAGUUACCUGUUAUUAAGUUUAAAAUUCCAAUUGAAAUAUGAAAUAUAGGAUAUGUAGCAUAAUGCGGUGAUCCAGUUGAUUGUAUGAAUACAUUGAGUCAAUCUAGCGGAAGUGAAAAAAUAUACAAAUAAGAUGGUCUUUAAGGCCUGAAGCUUAACUACAGUAGACUGUUUGUGUGUAAAUUUCCAAGAGUAAAAGAUUAUCAUCAACCGGUAAUAACUUAAAAUUUAAGCGAAAUGCAUUCCGUCGGCAUCCAUUCGGCUAUGGCAAUAAAACGCCAACGCAAGCGGCGCGAUGAACAGAAACGUGCGCGUGAAAGACGUUACAGUACGCAGAGUUCCGAAAGUGGAGAAACAUUUCAUUCGCCAAGUGGUUCCUUUCGACGUAAAUUUCAUCAUGCACAUAGUGUUGCUAAGCCCGGACCUGGGCUUGACAGUCAGGUGGUCACCAGCAUCGGUAUGCUGCACAUUGGCAUCGUAUUCAUAGUAUUUGGUUUGUUCUUAUGCGGCGCAGGAAUUAUACCCGACGAAACUAUGUCGUGGAAUGUGUUCAGUAGCAGCUCGGCAUGGUGGAAUGAGGUGACAUGCACUGGACUUUUCUCGCUUGGAUUGGGUCUAUUUUUGCUUGUAUUGAAUUGCUUGAUUAGUCGUAAAGAGGAAGAAGAUCUCGAAGAUUAUGUGCAAAGGCAAUUAACUAGGUCAAGGUCGGGACAUCGUCUGGAGCGGGAUGUCGAAACAGGUGUACUAACCACACGUCACGCUCGCAAAGCUGUGGCUUUACAAAAGAACAUGCGCAAUGGAACUGCCACUGACGUAGCACUGGUGAACAGCACAUCGGCGGAAGAAGUAGCAAAUGGUCCGUUAUCAGGGCGUAACUGUUUAGCCAACUCCGGCGAUAUAGUGCUGGAGAAAAUCGUGGAGGAAGAUAAUACGUAUAUUAACGAUCGCAGCGCAGGUAUAUCACCUAUAGAUAUUGAGAAUGAUACCAAGCAAUUGCUAAGAAGAGAAUCAUUAAAUGAAACAAUCAAUAUAACACGAAUAUAAAACGUAAUGAUGCGUCUACACUUUCAUAUUUGAAAACAAAAUAUUGAAUAUUUUACUAUUUAUUAUAAAGACUUUUAUUUAAACUUAAGCCUUUAAACUAUAAGUGAAACAUUUAAAUUAAAAAAAAAAAACAACAUAUAUAUAUAUAUAUACAUAUAUAUAUAAAUCCCUUGUGACCAUAUUUUUUAACAAAUGUCUUUUAUAAGUAUUUUCGUAUUUGCAUGUAUACUUAAUUAAUAUGUAAAACUCAAACAUAAUAUAUACAUAUACACAAAAUAAUAUAUAUAUAAGUAACAAUUUGUCGUGCAUAGCCUAAAGAAAUAAUGGUUUAAUUUACUUUAAUUAUAUGAAUGAAUAGCUGACUAGUUUAUAUACACACUACAAUAUAAUGAACAAAAAUAAACUUCUCGAGCAACUUAAAAUUAUAUAAUUAACGAAAA